GACACCAAACCACAAUUUCUGAAAUAUCAGCUAAGUGACAAGGAGGUAAACUGUGCAGGGCGAACCUCGGGUGUUACCAUGUAAUUAUUAUCACGAUUCUUGAGCGGCCUCUAGCGGCCGAACAUGUGAACUGCAGGUUGACAUGACGUCACCGCGGAAUGUUCCACUUAAUUAAAAACAGGGUGAACGGGGUGAAUUAGAAGACUAUUACGGUGUGUUUUUAGUCCCCUUCUACGCAUAUUUCAUUGCAGAAAUAUUUAUUUGUUCUCAAAAACGUGUUGAGUGUAGCUUGUUCUUAAAGAUAAUGAAGAAAAUGAGCUAACAGCGUAAUAAUGAAAGUCUCGUUUUCUCCUGUGAGACGAACGCAGAAAGUGCUCAGAGAGAGAGAGGCGCCUUUUUUCUGAGCUCAUGUCUUCAGGCAAAAACGAGCCCUCACGUUAAGUAGUCCGACACUUAAAGCCAAAAACAAACAUUCAUUUUUACAGCAAUAGCGAACCACUUCAACAGAAAUUCACCAACUUAAGCGGAAUCGUACAACAUGGCUACUAAAAAGAAGCGAACGCAAAAUGUGCAGAAUAACAAUUGGGUAGUCAUUGCUGCAGACUCUUCCAUCGACUCACAGAAGCACGACAGUGAACCAGCUUUUGUGAGACUGAGGAAUCCCUCCACAGACGCAACAUCUCUGUAUAUGCUGAGCAGUGGUGACGUACAGCUGUUUGAGGUCAAAGCAUUUGAAGAAGAUUUCCACUCGUGGUUUGUUGGCCAGACUGUACAGAGAGAUGGGAGACUUCUCUUCGUAACACCAAUGGAUCCUCUCUAUCUAAUUAUGCCCUAUUUGAUCAAAUCUGGCAAAGAGGGGAAGUUCCAGCCUGUGGAUCAAGUUGUUGUGGAUGAGGAAUUCCCAGCCUGCUCAAGGCUGCUGCGCUGCACACGUUCCCUGGCCUCGCUGCACCACAUUGCCGAGGAAAAAGAGGUGGGAAAACAGAGGUUCCACCAAUACAGUCACGAGAAGACGAUGAAUUGGUUGAAGAAAAAGGUGGAGAGGACAGUCGGUUUGCUCAAGGGGAGAAAUAUCUCUGUGGGAGAAAGAGUCAAAUCCACAACAUACAUCAGAGUGAAGUCAGAGUCGGACUACCACGACGAGGACUACCUACGCUAUGCUCACGGCCUGAUAUCAGAGUACCUCAGCGAAGACCUGAGCAAAGCCCUCCUCAAACACUUGCAGUUACCAGAGCUCACGAGCCCAAAGGAGACAGAACCUCCUUCCAAGAAGCGGAAACUUUCAGACAAGCCAGUGGAGGCCGAAGAGGACUAUACCAAAUUCAACAGUGCAGACUUUGCACGGAAACCGCCCAAGAAGAUGACUGCGGCUCAGAAAUCUCUGGCCAAGGCGGACAAGACCGGCAUGAAGACUAUGUUCUCCUUCUUCAGUCCCAAAGCCAAAGCAGAGAAGAAAUGAAUGUUGUGUAGUUUCUGGUUUUGUAUAUGAAACAUUUGUAAUAAAGACAAGAAAAUGUA